AUGAGCGACAGCAGGGCGAUAGAGCCCGCCGGUGCGGCGGCAGCGGCCGCCGAAGCGAGACAGGCACGGGAGGGUGUGGAGCCGGAAGACCUCUACGACAGGCCAGAACGUCGCUCCAAGGUCGAUGCGGCAUCCGACUACAGCAGUUUCGGACGUACAGGUUGCACGUGGGUGGGGUAA